AUGACUUCAACCAGUGACAUGGCCAAAACUGCAAUCAUUUUAUGGGCAGUCUGCACAUUCGCCAGUUCUGAUGGAAAAACCAUGAUGAAGAGGUCUGUGAGUGAAAUGCAGAUUAUGCACAAUUUGGGGGAACACCUUCAUUCUGCUGACAGACAAAACUGGCUCCUUGACCAACUACAGACUGUACACCAUGGUGACCAGCCUGCUGAAGCAGCAGCUGUGGAUGCUAAGCCUCGUGAAGCCAGGAGUUGGAGGCUGAUGCCUGAUCACCUGCAGACAAAGACGCAGAAGAAGCAAAAGGAUUGGAACAAAGCUUAUAGGGGUGUCACAUUCAAAACAAAGCCCCAGUGAAAAGAGCCAUAAUGUUGUGUUGCCAAUUAAGGGUAUAUAGUAGUGAGCAAAUUUAGGGCAUUUUAUUAUUUAUAAUUGCUGAGAUGAUGUCCAAGGGCAUGUUCACACAACACUACUUAUUGGGGAUUGGGUAUGCUUACAUUGCACAUCUUAUAUUCAUAGCCUACAUAUGGUGGGGGCUUUGCUCACAUUGCUUUCUGAUUUGGCCACAAGGUUGACAGGGUGAAUUGUAAGGCCAAUGGAUACCAUGCAGUCUUU